CCGCGGCGGCCGGUGCAGUGUCAGAGCCCCGGGGACCCAAUCCGCGGCGGCCGGUGCAGUGUCAGAGCCCCGGGGACCCAAUCCGCGGCGGCCGGUGCAGUGUCAGAGCCCGGGGGGCGCAAUCCGCAGCGGCCGGUGCAGUGUCAGAGCCCGGGGGACCCAAUCCGCAGCGGCCGGUGCGGUGUCAAAGGCCGGGGGACCCAGUCCGCAGCGAUCGGUGCAGUGUCAGAGAGCCCGGGGGGCCCAGUCCGCAGCAGCAGCAGCGGCGGCAGGUGUGUGGACAAGAUGGAUUUCUCCAAACUCCCCAAGAUCGGCGAUGAGGACCAUGAGAGCGCCUUUGGUUUUGUUCAUGGAGUCUCAGGCCCCGUGGUGACGGCUUGCAACAUGGCCGGAGCGGCCAUGUAUGAACUUGUGCGCGUUGGCCACAGCGAGCUGGUCGGAGAGAUUAUCCGGCUGGAGGGUGACAUGGCCACCAUCCAAGUGUACGAAGAGACCUCCGGCGUAUCUGUGGGCGACCCAGUCCUGCGAACGGGGAAGCCCCUGUCGGUGGAGCUCGGCCCCGGCAUCAUGGGAGCCAUCUUCGACGGGAUCCAGAGACCGCUGUCAGACAUCAGCAAUCAGACCCAGAGCAUCUACAUCCCCAGGGGCGUCAACGUGUCCGCCCUCAGCCGCGACCUCAAGUGGGACUUCACGCCUUGCAAGAACCUUCGGGUGGGCAGUCACAUCACAGGCGGCGACAUCUAUGGGCUUGUCAACGAGAACUCGCUCAUCAGGCACAAAAUCAUGCUUCCCCCGCGCAGCAGAGGGACAGUGACCUACCUCGCUCCUGCCGGCCACUACGACGCUUCGGACGUGGUGCUGGAGCUGGAGUUUGAGGGGAUCAAAGAGAAGUUCACCAUGGUUCAGGUGUGGCCUGUCCGCCAGGUCCGCCCCGUCACGGAGAAGCUGCCGGCCAACCACCCUCUGUUGACCGGCCAGCGGGUCCUGGAUGCCCUUUUUCCUUGUGUUCAGGGCGGGACCACGGCCAUCCCCGGGGCCUUCGGCUGUGGGAAGACUGUCAUCUCCCAGUCUCUCUCCAAGUACUCCAACAGUGACGUGAUCAUCUACGUGGGCUGUGGCGAGCGAGGAAAUGAGAUGUCUGAAGUGCUGAGGGACUUCCCAGAGCUUACGAUGGAAGUGGAUGGUAAAGUGGAGUCUAUAAUGAAGAGGACGGCUUUGGUUGCCAAUACCUCCAACAUGCCGGUGGCUGCUAGAGAAGCCUCUAUCUACACCGGGAUUACCCUCUCCGAGUAUUUCCGAGACAUGGGCUAUCACGUCAGCAUGAUGGCAGAUUCCACCUCCCGCUGGGCUGAGGCCCUCAGAGAGAUCUCGGGGCGCCUAGCUGAAAUGCCUGCCGACAGUGGUUAUCCUGCCUACCUGGGGGCCCGGCUGGCCUCUUUCUACGAGCGGGCUGGCCGUGUCAAGUGUCUCGGAAACCCAGAGCGGGAAGGGAGCGUCAGCAUUGUGGGAGCGGUUUCCCCACCUGGUGGUGACUUCUCCGAUCCAGUCACUUCGGCGACCCUGGGCAUCGUUCAGGUGUUCUGGGGCUUGGACAAGAAGCUGGCCCAGCGCAAGCACUUCCCCUCAGUCAACUGGCUCAUCAGCUAUAGCAAGUAUAUGCGGGCCUUGGACGAGUACUACGACAAGCAUUUCACCGAGUUCGUCCCCUUGCGAACCAAGGCCAAGGAGAUCCUGCAGGAGGAGGAGGACCUGGCCGAGAUUGUGCAGCUGGUGGGCAAGGCCUCCUUGGCGGAAACGGAUAAGAUCACCCUGGAGGUUGCAAAGCUGAUCAAAGAUGACUUCCUUCAGCAGAAUGGUUACACUCCUUACGACAGGUUCUGCCCCUUCUACAAGACCGUCGGGAUGCUUUCCAACAUGAUAUCUUUUUAUGACAUGGCCCGCCGAGCGGUCGAGACCACUGCCCAGAGCGACAACAAGAUCACUUGGUCUGUCAUCCGCGAGCACAUGGGCGAGAUUCUCUAUAAACUUACCUCCAUGAAGUUCAAGGAUCCAGAGAAGGAUGGUGAGGCUAAGAUCAAGGCUGACUACGCCCAGCUCUUCGAGGAUAUGCAGAAUGCGUUCCGCAGCCUUGAAGACUAG